AUGGUUGUUGCUACGAUCAAGUGCGUUGUUGUUGGCGACGGUGCCGUUGGAAAGACCUGCUUGUUAAUCUCAUACACCACCAACAAGUUCCCUUCUGAAUACGUUCCAACCGUCUUUGAUAACUAUGCUGUCACAGUAAUGAUCGGAGACGAGCCAUACACCCUGGGACUCUUUGAUACCGCUGGUCAAGAGGAUUACGACCGUUUACGUCCACUCUCCUAUCCGCAGACCGACGUCUUCCUCGUCUGCUUCUCAGUCACCUCUCCAGCAUCCUUUGAGAACGUACGCGAGAAAUGGUUCCCCGAGGUCCGCCAUCACUGUCCAGGCGUCCCCUGCCUCAUCGUCGGAACCCAGACCGAUUUAAGAGACGACCAGACUAUCCGGGAUAAGCUGAGCAAGCAGCGAAUGCAGCCUGUUCGCAAAGAGGACGGCGAUCGCAUGGCCAAGGAGCUUGGAGCCGUCAAAUACGUCGAGUGCUCGGCCCUGACCCAGUAUAAGCUCAAGGACGUCUUCGACGAGGCCAUUGUUGCUGCCUUGGAGCCCAGUCCACCAAAGAAAUCUAGCCGCUGUCUACUCUUGUAG